CUAGUCACGUGAUCCAAAGUCACGAGGCGUGGUGUACAAAGAGAGGUCACGAGGGUUUUCUUGCGGCUUGACGUUUUGUCAUUGCCUCCGUUUGUUUUACCAAGAAAUCGCAGUUUGUGGCAUCCAUUCUACUAAGCAGCAGGAUAAUUCAACCAAAAUAAUAUGUUGUGGCUAUUUCUUGUGGCUCUUAUCGGAGCUUCGGCUGUAGCGGACGAUCCUCAUCCAUUGUCGGAGGACUACAUUAAUUACAUCAAUUCCAUUCAAACUACUUGGAAAGCUGGAAGGAAUUUCCACGAGCAUGUGUCCAUGAAAUACAUCACCCGACUGAUGGGAGUUCAUCCUGACUCGAAAUCCUACACCUUACCUGCAAAGGAGCACCUGGUCGGCAGCACUGGUUACUCUGAUCUUCCUGAAAACUUUGAUGCUAGGGAGGAAUGGCCUCACUGCCCAACCCUCAGGGAAGUUCGUGACCAAGGAUCUUGUGGAUCUUGCUGGGCUUUCGGAGCCGUCGAAGCCAUUUCUGACCGAGUCUGCAUUCACUCAAAUGGAACCCUGAACGUCCACAUCUCCUCCGAAGACCUGUUGUCCUGCUGCCACCUGUGUGGUUUCGGCUGCAACGGUGGAUUCCCAGGAGCAGCCUGGCGUUACUGGGUGCACAAGGGUCUUGUCAGCGGAGGCCUUUAUGGUUCAAAACAAGGUUGCCAACCCUACGCUAUUGCCCCCUGUGAGCACCAUGUCAAUGGAUCCAGGCCUGCUUGCGAGGAAGGUGGACGAACUCCGAAGUGCCAGAAGAAGUGCGAGGCUGGCUAUGAUGUCCCAUACAACAAAGACCUCCACUUUGGCAAAACUUCCUACUCGAUCGAGAACAAUAUCGAGCAGAUCCAGCGUGAAAUCAUGACCAAUGGACCCGUCGAAGGCGCCUUCACCGUUUACCACGACUUCCUUUCUUACAAAUCUGGAGUAUACCAGCACGUGACUGGAUCGGCCCUUGGAGGCCAUGCCAUCAAAAUCCUGGGCUGGGGUGUUGAGAACGGAACCCCUUACUGGCUGGUGGCCAACUCAUGGAACAACGAUUGGGGCGAUGGUGGAUUCUUCAAGAUCCUCAGGGGCCAAGACCACUGUGGCAUUGAAAGCCAAAUUUCUGCUGGCAUUCCUGCCUAAGUAAAUUAAUCAAGGAGGGAGUAAAAAAAAUGACGAAUUUUGUAUGGUAAAUAUUUUCUAAAAGACAUAGCUAAUAAGCCAGAUAAUAAUUAUGUGAAGUUUGCAUAGGUUGUCGAUUCAAUUUGAUCUGUGGAAAUAAUUCUGAUAAUUGAAUAAACUUAAUGAUAUAUUUGCUCAAAAAGAAA